AUGAGGAGCUAUGGCAAAACUACAAGAAGGAAAGGAAGACCCGCCCGCCCCGCCUCCCGCUCCACAGCGCCCGGGCAGCCCGUCGGGACGGACCGCAGGGAGCAGCGGUGGCACCUGCUCCUCACGCCGUCGGACCUUCCCCUGGGGACACGGGCGGCUCGAGUGCCCCCCCAGUUCGCGCUGCGAAGCCGAGUCUCGGCAGAGCCUCCUCUGCCAGGAGCCCUCCCCGUCCUAGCUCGGACCCCAGCCGAAAAACCUCCCGACUGCUGCUCUGCUUUUACAGCAAAAAGCCUCUCGGCUCAGCACUUAGCCAGGAGACUGCUAGUAGCCUGCAACAGUGUGGAUCCACCAAUCACUGUGAAACCAAAACAUUCGCUGAAAUCAUCAAAGAAUAAGGUUUUAAGAAAUGCUGUACACAUUGAGGAAGUUGAAGUGGAAAAGUGUGUCAGAGAUGUAAUGAAAGAAAAGAAAAUUGAUCAGAAGGAUACAGGGUUUAAGACAAAUCUGCAUAUAUCCUUACUGCAAAUAUCAGGUUACAAAAAACUUUACUUGAACGUGGAAAAUCUGAGGAAGGUCCCGUAUGAUUCGGAUAAUGAAGAACAUGAGGAACAGUUAAUUGAGCUUUGGAAUUUGCUGAUGCCUCAUGAGAAUCUGAAGGCCAGAAUCACAAAGCAGUGGUGUGACAUUGGCUUCCAAGGUGAUGAUCCCAAAACAGACUUCAGAGGAAUGGGCCUGCUGGGGUUAGUGAACCUGCUGUAUUUUAGUAAGCAUUACACCAAUGAAGCUCGUCAGAUCCUUUCUCAUUCAAAUCACCCAAAGCUGGGAUAUUCUUAUGCAAUAGUGGGAAUCAACCUGACAGAAAUGGCAUACAGCUUACUUAAGAAUGGUGCUUUAAAGUCUUAUCUGUACAACGUGGUCUCUGGAUUGCCACAAAUGGAGCACUUCCACCAGUUUUACUGUUAUCUGGUUUAUGAGUUUGACAAGUUCUGGUUUGAAGAAGAACCAGAAAGCAUUAUGCACUUCAACCAGUACAGAGAGAAAUUCCAUGAAAAAAUUAAGGGACUUCUUCUGGAUUGUAAUGUGCAACUAACCUUACAAAAUGCAUAGAAACCUUAACUCCACUGCAGUCUAUGAGAUUCUGCAUCAAAAACAGCAUUAUGCAUUUGGAUGGGAGUUUUUAAUGUUUCAGCAAAAACUGUUCAACAAUAGAACUUUUUUUUUGACAUUUAAAAAAAUAAUCAAAAUUCAGUUAAGAAAGCUUGGACAAUCAACCUCUGUUUACAGGUCUUUAUAUGCUAUUCUCCAAAGGACUGCUUUCUUGUUUGUUU